AUGCCCGUCGUCAAAGGAGGUGUUUGGACCAACAUUGAGGAUGAAAUCCUCAAGGCUUCUGUCUCCAAAUAUGGUCUUAAUCAAUGGGCGCGUGUCUCGUCGCUGCUGGCGCGCAAGACGCCCAAGCAGUGCAAGGCUCGAUGGAACGAAUGGCUCGAUCCCAGCAUCAAGAAAAUCGAAUGGAGCAAGGAGGAAGAUGAGCGACUCUUACAUCUUGCCAAGAUUAUGCCUACCCAAUGGCGCACAAUCGCCCCCAUAGUCGGUCGAACUGCGAACCAGUGCCUCGAACGAUACCAGAAGCUCCUUGACGAAGCUGAAGCCAAAGAAUCAAGCCUUGGCCUGGCAGGCCCUGCAGGCGGCGAAACACAAGCGCCUAGUGCUGAUGAUGUACGGAGAUUAAGACCCGGCGAGAUGGAUCCCGAUCCCGAGACAAAGCCUGCGCGACCCGAUACCAUCGAUCUCGAUGAAGAUGAAAAGGAGAUGUUGAGUGAGGCUCGUGCUCGUUUGGCCAACACACAGGGCAAAAAGGCAAAGAGAAAGGCCCGAGAGCGCCAACAAGAAGAGUCACGCCGCCUUGCUGCGUUGCAAAAGCGACGAGAACUCAAGACUGCUGGUAUCAAUAUCAAGGUUACGAGUAGGAAGAAGGGUGAGAUGGACUAUAAUGCAGAUAUUCCUUUCGAAAGGAAGGCUUUGCCUGGAUUUUACGAUACAUCAGAGGAGCAGGCACAAAAUGAGGCGCAGCGCGCAGCCUUCGAUCCUCGAAAGCAACAGCUGGCCAACAAGCGAAAGGGUGAGGGCGAGGAGGACAACGACCGAAAGCGAAAGAAGACCGAGAAGGACGGCUCUUCGGAAUCACACAAGGCCGCCCUGAAGGCUGGUCAGUUACAAAAACUUCGAGAGGCCGAACAGAGCAGCAAGCGCCGUUCGUUGGUUUUGCCUUCCCCUCAAGUCAGCGAGGGCGAGCUGGAGGAUAUCGUCAAGAUGGGCAGGAUGGGUGAAGCUGCCAAUCUGAGGGCUAGAGAGAGCGAGAACGAUGCCACUCGUGGACUGGUCAACACAUAUUCUACCCUUGACUCAGCUACCCCUAUCCGAACACCAAGAGCUCCUGAGCAAGAAGACCAUAUCGCCAACGAGAUCAGAAAUAUUCGAGCGCUGAACGACACGAAAUCGGCUCUUCUUGGCGGCGAGAACACUCCCCUGCACGAGGGUGCUUCCUCAACUGGCUUUGAUGGCAUCGCUCCUCGAAAACAGACUAUCUCUACACCUAACCCAUUGGCAACCCCAAUGAGGGGCGACAACGUUGCUGCCACACCUGGCCGGCCAGGGCAAACGCCCAUGCGAACACCUAGAGACACUCUAUCAUUGAACCAAGAUGGCGGUAUGUCAAUGGUUUCCGCCACUCCCAGGGAUAUGAGAAUGAGAGAUCUGGCUUUGCGCAACCAGCUCAAGUCGGGCCUUGCGUCUCUCCCAAAGCCAAAGGAUAUUGAGUGGGAAUUCGAUAUCCCUGAUGAGGAGAAGGAGCGCAUGCAGGUCGACGAGAUGACGGAAGAAGAUGCUGCAGAGCGAGACCGUCGAGAGCAAGAGAGACGACAAGUAGAGGAAGCCCUCGAAUUCCGAAGACGAACUCAGGUCAUGCAAAAGAACCUUCCUAGGCCUGCACACGUCAAUCUGUCCAACCUGAUGAAACAGGCCAGCAGUAUCACUGAUGUUGCAGAGUCCCUUAUCGCCAAGGAGUCGGCGAAUCUUAUGGCCAACGACGCCAUGAGGUAUCCCGUCCCUGGUGGCCAAGUCAGCGGCGCUCCCAAGCCACUACAACAGUUCAGCGACAAUGCCCUUUCUGAGGCUCGUUUGUUGAUUUUGUCCGAAGCAAGGCCCCUUCCCAAAUUCGAAGCUAUUCAGACAGCCUUUGAAGGUCGCGCAAGCAGUUCGCUGCUUCUGGGUCUGGGAUGCUAUAAUGACGAUGAUGAGGAAGAACAAGGGGUGGCUCUGAAGGCAGCGUUUGACGCUGUUCAAGACGACAUCAUGGCCACUGCCGAGGCAGGAGCUAAGCUCGAGAAGAAGUUAUCCCUCCAUCUUGGUGGAUACCAGAAGCGACAGAAGAUGCUCCGCGACAAGAUGGGCGAUGCAUCUGAUGCACUGGAAAAGGCACGUGUUGCUCUGGUUGGUUUCAAAACACUCGCUAUUUCAGAGGAUGUCGCUGUUGAACGACGCCUAGGUGCUCUUCGUGAAGAGGUCGGCUUUGUCAACCGACGUGAGAGAGAAGCACAGGAGAAUUACAGAAAGGCCAAGGAAGAGCUGGACACGCUUAUGGCGACAGGAGUAAACGGGGUGCAUUAA